AUGAACGUCCUCAAGCUCCAAAGGAAGUUCCCCCAGUUUCAGCAGAACGAAAUCUUUUCCCUAUCCGAUGCCUUUCGCCGGCUAGACGUAGACGACAAGGGCUACCUUGAUGAAGCCACCGCGAUCAAGGCAACUCAACAAAGCGAGCGACAGCCAUACGAUGUUGUUCGGCAGGCUCUGAAAGAGGUUGAGCUCGAUUCUUCCCGACGAGUCGAACUCGAAGAUUAUGUAGGGGUGAGCUCCGGAGCAAGCGCUGGCGUCGGCGGCGGCAAGAUCCAGGUGCAGGGUUCCAACUCCAACAUCACCCAUACCAUCAACGAAGAUGAGCGCACCGAAUUUACGAGGCACAUCAACGCCGUCCUUGCCGGCGAUGCAGAUAUUGGCCACAGGCUUCCCUUCCCCACUGACACUUUCGAGAUGUUUGACGAAUGCAAGGACGGCCUUGUGCUUGCCAAGCUGAUCAAUGACAGCGUCCCUGACACCAUUGAUGAGCGAGUACUCAACGUUGCCGGUAGGAAGACCAAGACUCUCAACGCUUUCCACAUGACAGAAAACAACAAUAUUGUCAUUGAGUCUGCCAAAGGUAUCGGAUGCUCUGUAGUGAACAUUGGCAGUGGAGACAUUAUCGAAGUGAGGGAGCAUCUCAUUCUUGGUCUUAUUUGGCAAAUCAUCCGCCGCGGUCUCCUCGGCAAGAUUGAUAUCAAACUCCAUCCUGAGCUAUACCGCUUGCUGGAGGAGGACGAGACCCUCGAGCAAUUCCUCCGCCUCCCCAGAGCAGAUUCUGCUACGAUGGUUCAAUUACCAUUUGAAGGCAGCCGGAUGGCCCAGACGGACGGCGAGAACUACACGGUACUCCUUGCCCAAAUAGGUGCCGAGUACGGUUGCAACCGGGAUCCCCUCCAAGACCGAGACCUUCACCAACGCGCCGAACACGUUCUUCAGAAUGCGGAUAAGCUCGGAUGCCGCAAGUUCUUGACUCCGAAAUCAUUGGUUGCGGGCAACCCCAAGCUCAACCUUGCAUUCGUAGCCAACUUAUUCAACACCCACCCCGCCCUCGACCCCAUCACGGAAGAAGAGAAGCUCGAGGUGGAGGACUUCGAUGCCGAGGGCGAACGAGAGGCAAGAGUGUUCACUCUGUGGCUCAACAGUCUCGAUGUACAGCCUGCUGUGCAAUCCUUCUUCGACGAUCUCCGCGAUGGCACAAUUCUUCUGCAGGCUUACGACAAGGUCAUCAAGGGAUCCCUUAUGCGCAAAGACAUCACACUAACACUGUCCGCCUUGGCGCAACGCCUCGGAAAACGAGAGAUUACCGAUGCAGAGAUGGUUCGAUGGGCCAACGACAUGUCGCGCAAGGGUGGAAGGAACUCUUCUAUUCGCUCUUUCAAGGACUCUUCUAUCGGCUCUGGUGUUUUCCUCCUCGAUGUGCUCAACGGAAUGAAGAGCAGCUACGUUGAUUACGACCUCGUGACCCCGGACACACUCCUGAUGACGCCUACCUCAACGCCAAGCUCAGUAUCAGUAUCGCGAGAAAGCUGGGUGCAACCAUCUGGCUUGUUCCUGAAGAUAUCUGCCAAAUUCGUAGCCGUCUUGUGA